UAAAAGCUUUCAUGGAUGCAAUGUUUACAAAUUUUUAAAAGUUCUUAAUAUUUUGUGAUAUAAAGAAGAUAUUAUUGAGAAUAAGUGGAAAACACUAUUAUUAAAGAAAUUUGCAGUCACUUGACUUUCAGAAAAAUGUACAUGUAAUACCCGAAACAGACACCUGUCUUCGCCCGACAACAACAAAGUGGUCGUCAAGCCGGGUUUUGCUGCAAAAAAACACUUUAUAAAAAAUGAAAACUACUGAAAUGCCAAAAAGUCGAGUUUAUCAACUAGAUGAGUACGAAUCAGGAUCAGACAUAGAUAACACUGAAACAUUGCUCUCCAAACAUUUCUCACAGCCUUCAACAAAGAAGAAAAAGGGUUCAAACAAAAAGUCUGGAAAACAAAAAGAAACCCCAAGAAAAAGAGCACAGAGUGCCCCACCAGCAAAGGUUGGUCGUGAUCUGUGGAUGAAUGCAGUAAAGAAAAGACAAACACAGAACCUGACAAGGAGUAGACCAGAGAGUCCACGUCACAAAACAUCCACAGAGUAUUGGGUUGAUACUCUAAGGAAAACAGGAAUUGGAAGGAGUACAGAAAGUACUGGUAUGAACACAUUUUCUGGGAAACGACCCCGUGAACAAGACAUGGCAUAUCUCAGUACAUCAGCAUAUAUGAGGCAGAUGAUGGGAGCAGAAAAACCACAGAAAUAUGGGGAUCCAACAACAAAACCUCCCAUUGGAGCACCAGCAUAUAAAACACCAGAAGAAUAUUAUGACCAGGUGCUUGAGCUAAAAAAGAUUAUCCAAGGUCUUAAUCAAGAAAAGAAUGAACUAAAGUCAAAGGUCAGAAGAACAGAGGAAGAUAACAUUAAAAAGGAAAAAGAAAUAUCAGGUCUUCUUGACCCCAAAAAGAGUGAUGAUGUAAGGAGAACCUUAGGUACAAAACAACAAGAUUCAGCGUCAGUCAUUCACAGCUUAAAACAGAAAAUUCUUAAAUUAGAAGUUCAAAACAGAGAUAGAGAAUCUGCUUAUGUAAAAUUACAAACAGACCUUAAAACAACAAAAAUAGAUGAACUUAAACAGCAAUUAGAAGUUUGUUUUCAAGAAAUUGUAAGACUACAGAACUCAAAAGGAACAGGUCAGGGGUCAGGACCUGUGAAACCAGGAACUGACAAGAGAGUAAAAGCCUUAAAUGAAGCAAUUCUUAGAUUGAGCAAAGAAAAUGAGCAGCUGAAGUCAGAGAGUCAUGGAUUGAAAGAGGAUCUUAAUAGACAAAUAGAUGACAAAGAUAUAGCUGGUGAAUAUGAGGACAUGAACAGAAAGCAGCUAAUAGCAGCUAUUAAAAAGAUCGAGAAGCAAAAGCCCAAGACAGAAAAAACUUACAAAGCUGAUAAGCAAGGUAAAAUAGCUUUACAAGGUAGCAUGGAGGAGAGAUUAGACCAAUUAGACAAACGAGAGACAGAACUCAUGGAUAAAGUAGAGACUCAGGGCAGACAAAUUACAAAAUUACAACAUGAAAAAGAAUCACUGUACAGAAAACUGGAUGAUAAAGAAAAAAUAAUUGUUGAAUUGGAAGAACAGACAGGAAGAAGAACAAGCAGAUCACCUACUACGCCAGGCAGACCCCCAUCAGGUAGACGGGACAGACCAUCGAGUGCUAGGAGUGAUGGGAGUGGGGAAUACAAUGUACGGGGAGAGAGACCGUCUAGUGUACGAGGUGAAAGACCAUCAAGUGUUCGCAGCGUCAGGGCUGAAAGUCGACCUCAUAGUGGCAGAAGUGAUAGGUCAUCUAGAGAAAGGGAGGAAAAAGUUGAAAGAUUACGACAACAACAUGCAGCAAAGAAAAUACAAAGAGGAUGGAGAACUAAGAAAGGCGAGGAUGAGAAGGAAAGAGAUGUCAAAGUUCAAAAGUUCAAGGAAAACAGAGCAGCCAAGAAAAUACAGAAUGAAUGGACGGGUUACAAACAUCGUAAAUAUGAAGCUGAUUAUGAUGAGGCAGCAGACACUAUAACAGCAGCACUGAAGGGUCAUCAGUCACGACAACAAAGAAUACAUAAGUUCCAAUAUUACGAUGAGAGUGAGACUGAGGACGAAUCAUUAACAGAUGCUACAGAACUGAUUUAUUCAAGUUUAAAAGGUCACAAUAACAGAAAAGAUAAAAUGAAAAGAAUGAGACGUGUAUCAGAUGAAGAUGAAGAUUUCUCUAGCAGCAGACGGGCAUCAAAAACAUCACAUUCAAGACAACAUACUCCUCCUAAUAGAAUGAGACCAGGCUCAGCACAUUCAAGAGCAAGCAACUCCUCACAGAGAAGUGCCAACAGACAUACAGGAAAAACAAAUUACAGAAUGGCUUCUGAUUAUGAUGAUGAUGAUGACAUUGAAAUGUAACAGGAAGUAGAAUUAAUGACUGUGGAAUAAGUGUAGAGUAUAUAAAUGGCAUCUGUGUCACUGGAAUACUGCCAUUCAGGGGACUCAAGAAAUGUUAAUGAUGUUUUUAUUGAAAUCCACCCGUCCAACAUUUUAUAUAAAAUAUAACAACUGUACAAAAAGAUAAAGUAACUUUUUUUUAAAAAACUUAUCCAUUUAUUUAUGUUUUUUUCCCAAUUUACAUAAAAAUGUACAAUGUUAUGGUAGCUAGAUUUCAGAGGAAUUAUGUAGAGGAUUGUUAGUGAUUUUGCCAAACUUAUAAAGCUUUGCUCAAGCAGAGUGUAUUUGCAUAGUUAUUUUAUGUCUUUUCAUUAAUACUUAAAUUUUUCCUGGUUCUUAUCUUUAAUUGAAGCACAUUUAAACGCAAUGCCAGUUUUCAAGUAUAAAGCAGGAUUAUUGAUCAUGUGUUUAAUAAUCUAAAUUUGACAGCUUUAGAUUCAUGCCAAGUGCUUCAAUAUAAAUUAGUUACAGCAUUUUUAAUGAAAGAUUUGUAAGCAAUACCUAAUUGAUAAUCAUUCUUAAUGCAGUUUUUUUGUAAGAUGCACCCAAAUGAAACCAAAGAAGAUUGUUUGGCCAUUUUGUAUUUAUCUUUAGAAUAAAACCUUGAUUGAAACUGGCAAUAUCAAAUUUUGAGCUGUGUAAUUCUAUGGUAACUGCAGAAGUAUAAUUUUCCAAAGAAUAAGAAUAGCAACAUAAAUUAUCUAGUUGUCAUUGAUAUGCUGUCAAAACUGAACAAUGCAAUUAAUUUUGAAAAAAGUAUGUUGUUUUAAAUUUUAAAUAAGAGUUCUUAUCAUUUUGUUGAACACAUUCCAAAACAUUUCUUAGAUAAAAAAGUUAUCUGGGUGAAAAAAUAUAAAGAACUGACAUUUUGGAUUUUUUAGAGUGUUUAAGAGAUUAAUUGGAGACUUUGAAACAUUUAACAGAUCUAAGGCAUGUCAGAGUUUUAAUAAUCUGUUAGUUGAUAUUAUGUACAUUAAGGAGGCUCGUGGGUACUAAAAAAAUCAGCAAAUAUUUAAACAUUUAUUUUACAUAACAAAUUUUAUUCAUUACAUUAUUAGUUGUUACAUUAUGAUAUGGUUCAAAAAUCAACCCAAAAAAUCAAGGCGUUUUAGCCCAAAAUGAUUUUUAAAAUUUUGAUAUCAUUGAAAAAGCUCCAAAUUAUCUCCCUUUGGUGAAAAAAUGACAUUUUUUGGCAUUCAAAUUGAAAUAUCUUUUUAAACUCAUCGGUGACCUAUAUUUUUUAUUAUUUUUUUCAAAUAAGCUGCACUUAAACUAAACAAUUGUAAAAUUUAAGCAAUUUCUUAUAUUAGGUUCUUUUUUUAUUUCGAUUUUACCUUUUUUUCUCCUAUUAGUUCAACAGAAAAUAAGUACCUAAACAAAAAUGCAUGCUUUUUUGGAUGGCAGAUUGUGAGCUUAAAUGAGCGGUGACCCCAUAUUUUUAUUUUGUUUUUCUAUUAGGUAUAGGAUAAAGUUUAUUUAGAGAAAAAUGUAGCGAAAUCCUAUAUUAGAAAAAAAAAUUGGUUUAUACCCAGGAGCCCCCUUAAGAAGUUUAGUGCUAGCUAGUCUAUGUUUAGAUAUUGCAAUCCAGGAAAAAAUCUUUGCUCACAUAUGUUUGUGUUGUCAUUCCUUCAUGUUAAUUUGUAUAUAUAGUUGUUUAAUGCUUUUGUUAUAAGGAAAUAAAUUUGAUUAUGAACUGGAUGCCUAAAAAUCUUUUCAUACUUUUUGUGUUUUGAAAGGGUAGCGGAAUUAAACUAGAUAUUAUCUGUGAUAUUCAAUGUUUCUUGUAUGUUUUAUUUAUUUGUUUCUUGUUUUUAUAAUGUUUCUCAUGACAAAAUAUUUUGUACUAACUAAAAACGUUCUUAUUGUUCUAAUCAAGGAAAAAAUCAAAUCUUUUGAAGUCUUGGUUGCUGCAAUAUUUCAUUUUGUAUGUUAUUAUAUCUUUAUGUUUUAUUUCUUGUCUAAUGAUAGGAGAAUUAAGUAGGAAUACUUUUGAUAUAAGUUAUUAUAAGAAAAGGACAAAGAAAAUUGUCUCAAAGGAUUUUGUAGUUGCCUCAUGUUAGAGAUGUUAUGUUUCUGUGUGUGUCUUGUAAGAUCCACAUAUUUAGUUUCAUUGGGUUGUUGUCUCAUCGAUGUGUACCCCUUAUAUCUUUUAUAUAUAGGAUAAAAGAAUUUAAGAAAUUGUGAUACAUUUUUCUCAAGUUAGACCAUACAUUAAUUAUAAAAUUCAUCCAAAUUCAUGUCAUUUAAGGACAUUGUGAUAAAUAUCUUGUUUUAAUAGUGUAAAUAAAGACUGACUUUAUUUAUAAUAUGUCAAAACUAUCUUUAACAUGUUAAAUGUGUAUUACUUUAAGCAGAAGUCUUUACAUAUUGGCUCUGAUAGAUAAUAUUGCAUGCUGAAAAGUAAAAUAAAGCAACUAUGAAUCAUCACUUAAUUGACUAACUUAGAUCUGAAAAAUACAAAAAGAAAGUAAGAAAAUAGGGAAAAGAAUUGUAUUUCUUGCUCUCCCUUUACCUACUGGUAAAUUUAGGAUCUAAAAUUUAUUUAAAAUAUUUUUUUUGUAAUAAUCUACAAAUCAAUUUGAUAAAUUCCACAUUAACAUGAUAAUAUAGAACUAGCUUCAAUAAAUUAUAUAUUACAGGUAGAGGGUGAUUGCCCUCAUGAAAUAUUAGAACUACAUUAUAUUUUCAUACUAGCACACAAAAUAUGUACAAAUCAAAGAGUAUUUCAUUUUAUAUGUAAU